AUAUCAGCGCCUCAAUCCUCUCGUCUCUGUUUGCAGCCAUGGCGGAUGUUGAAAAAGAGGGUCGCACCAGGGCAGCCGAAGAAGAGAACAUUCAAGAAGUUCAGUUUCAGAGGAGUUGAUCUGGAUGCACUCUUGGACAUGUCUACUGACGAGCUUGUAAAGCUCUUUCAUGCUCGUGCUCGUAGAAGGUUUCAACGCGGUUUGAAACGUAAGCCUAUGGCAUUGAUAAAGAAGCUUCGCAAGGCGAAACGGGAGGCCCCACCCGGUGAAAAGCCAGAGCCAGUAAGGACUCACCUUCGCAACAUGAUAAUUGUACCCGAAAUGAUUGGCAGCAUUAUUGGUGUCUACAAUGGGAAGACCUUCAAUCAAGUUGAAAUCAAACCUGAAAUGAUCGGUCACUAUCUUGCUGAAUUCUCAAUCAGUUACAAGCCUGUUAAGCAUGGGAGGCCCGGUAUUGGUGCUACUACUCACUCCUCAAGGUUCAUUCCUCUUAAUGAAGAGUACAAGCUCGUCUCUUUUCUAGUUAUGGGUGUACCUUUCAUUUGCUGUGCCAAACUAUUUAUAUAGUUUCUAGAUGAUAUUGCAAUGCUUUUUCUGAUAUCGCU